AUGGGACACAACGUCUCUGCCAUUGCCGGUGUCAAGUCUCCCAAUUUCUACGAACAAGGCAAUGCCAUCAACGAGAUAUGGGUGGAUGAUGUGGAAUUGAUCUCACGCCUACCGUUCGGAGAUUCAGACCUGGGCCAAGCCGGUUGGCCAAAGGGGAGUUGGCCCAAAAUACCGUGGCAUCAAUUUAUCAUUCCAUUGAAGCGUGACCUCACUCAAUUCUCAAACAACACGAUGCCAGAAAGCGCAACCCACACAGCCAACUCGGCAACCCCACGAUGUUCGUUCGGUUUCUUUGGUGAAUACGGAUAUUUGCAUGUUACAGCCGUGCUUAUGAUUGCGACAUUCGACUUAGUCUAUUUUGUAAUCUGGAUUGUGAAUGUUUGGAAACGGCGAAGUACCACAGAUCGAGGACGAGAUAUCGACUUGGAGAAGGGUGAAUUGGAUUGA